AUGGACCAGGUCCUUAUACCAAUUGAUGACCUUCUAAACUUGGUGGGUAACACCAUAGAUAGAGAGUUGGAAAUUACAUACAAGGACGAGGUGUUAACUCAUUUCAUACAGAAUUAUGUCCCCGAUUCUUUAGGUGCAUUUAUCUCCCAUGAUGAUAUAAUAAUAAGUAACGAAAUAGAUUCCAUACCUGAAGAUGCCAAGUACUAUCAAUUGAUGAUAAUUAUCAAAAGCAAAGGUCAAAUUACAGACGUUAAACAAAUAGAAACAUUAAUAAUCCCCAUAAAUAAUUCCGAAGAUAAUGAUAUAUUCGAUAAGAUACGAUCCAUCAUUAAUUUUGGUUUGAUACCGAUAUUUGAAUCCUCCAGUUUGAAAAGAAAUGUCGACUCAGAUUCUUUCAUCAAUGUUACAAGAAAGAAAUUCAACGAACUUUCAUUGUCUUUACAGAACUUGCAAGAGAAAAUUCAAGUUCCAGAUCUUUUACUAUCAGUUCAUCCUAUGAUAAAACAAUAUGAGACCAAAGUGGAUGUAUUCGAAGAGGAAUUGUUGAAUGAUUCGAAGAUCUUGAAUGAGGUGACAUCAAUUGUUAAUGGUUGGAUCAAGCAGAUCCAAGCCAUUACUAAUUUGUCCAGUGAUAUCAAUUCUCAAGUAUCCAUUAGUGACGAGAUUCAAUUUUGGACUUCUUUGGAUAUCUCCUUGACAUCCUUAGCAGACCAAUUGAAUUCGGUUCAAAUCCAAAAUUCGAUAAACCUUUUAAAUAAUGCUAAAAGAUUCCAUGUUAUUUUGAGUUUCAAUAAUGACACUAACUUGGCAGAGAAAGAUUUAGAGACCAAACUCAAUCUUUCGCUAUUAAAAGACUUGCCCAUAACGGAAUUAACUUCUGUAAACUCCAAGGAUCCCGACUGUUUUGAAAAUUUGGAACUUCUGAUAUCGAAUGUCUUCACUCAUUUGAAGAAAUUAAGAACCGUUACCAAUUUUCCUUUGGAGAAAGCUUUGUUGAUCAUUGAAUUGUUCUUGAAAGAUGUCGAAGCAAAAUUCAAUGACUUGCUUUCAAACAUGGAAUUAUUGACUUUAAGACUUGAUGACUUCAUCACUUUGAAUGAAACAAGUAUAGCCAAUAUUUUCAACACCAUUGACCUUAAUGUGAAGUAUAUGAUUAAUUUGAUAAGGGAAUUAACUAGGAAACGUCAUGAGAAGUUCAUUUUAGUAAGAAUAGAUCAAGAACCUAUCAAUAAAUUGAAGUCAAAAAUCGAUCUGUUGAAAGAUUUCAGAUUGAAACAUGAGAACCUUCUAUUUGUUAUACGAAACUUCCUCAGAGAUUUUGACCAAGAAUCUAAACUUUUAGAAGAAUAUAACAGAUUAUCAUCAUUGAAUCCCUUUGAUAAUUCCAAACAUGGUCAAGUGAUGUGGACUUCUAGUGAAAUUUUCUAUAAUACCAUUCAUAAUGAUAUUCAGAAUUCGAUAACUUUGAAAUUGAAUAAACUAUUUGCCAAAUGUGAUACCAUCCAAGAUUAUUCAAUUGUGGCAGAAAAGUAUAAAUACCUUGCUGUGGAAAAUACCUUCAAUAUACUGGUUUUAACUAAAGAGGAUUUGAGAAUGAAGAUUUUAGAGAAAGCCAGAGAUGAAAUUAGUGAAAUAAUACGCUUUGAUACCCAAUAUGGCGACAAGUUAUUGAAAGAUUUUUCAAUGUUCAUCACGUUGAAUGAAAGUUCGGACGGUUCAGAAGUGAAGGCUACAAUGGCCAGAAUUUUAGGUAUUCGAGAUAAGUUGACAUUUUACGAAGAUAAUCUCAUUACUUUGGUAGGGGAUGAAUGGUUUAAAUAUUCCAUUGGAAAUAAAGUGGCUGAACAAAUCACCGGUUUGAAACUGAAGUUCGACCCUGAGGUAGUGUUUACUGACUUUUUGGAUUCUCUAGUGGCUUUCACCAGUGAGAAUAAGAUAGAAAUCAGAGGCAAAGUCUUGAAAUCCAUUGAAACCAAUGGAGAAAAUGACGUUGUACUCAAUUAUGAUAAUAAAUUCAUUGCUUAUAAGGAGAUUUUACUUCAUUUUGUUUCGUUGGGUUUCAAAGUACCUCCAAAUUUAUUGUUGGAAUUUCAAAAGAUCAGUUCCCUUUUGCCUAUUGUCAAUAAUUUGAAGGAAAACUUCUUUAUUAUUAAGAAUUUGUUCUUGAACGUCUUGAAGAAACCAUAUGGGCAAAAAUUUGAGUUCUUAAUUGAAGAAGACAAAUCGUCUAUUGAACAGUAUCUUAAUCUCAUUAAAGAUCUCAACUGGGAGUAUCUUUCCCAAGCUUUGGAGUUACGUGAUGUUGAAACUGACGAUAGCUUGAUCGAAAUCAAAUCGUAUCAAACGGUAAUGGGAUUCCAACAGCUGAUUGAAAAGUUGAAUAUCAAAUUGCUGACAAUAUCCAAACUUCAUUAUUACUUAGAGAGAGAAAUUUAUCAACAAUUGAAAGCUUGUAAAUAUAAUUAUGAUGAAAUUUCUUCCAUUAUAAGUGACUUGAAAACCAAAGUGUCGGGAAUUUACACAUUCGAGAAUAUCUCUGGGUUAUGCAAAUUGAUAGAUGAAGAGAUUAUGGAUAUUUUAAAUGAAAGAAUGGAGAGAGAAUUACUCAGGUUCAUGGAUGAGAUUUCUUUGGACAGCUCAGUUCAGGGCCAAUAUGCUGUUGAAGUAUCCAUUAUUUCAGGAUAUCAAAAUAUUAUGAUGGAGCCUAAGAUCGAUGAUUUGAAAGCUACGAUGAUCAACAAGAUUAAUCAAAUUAUUUCUAUUGUCUGUCGUCAAAAGUCAUUACUGGAAAAUAAUUGCACUGUAGUGAAUGAACUGGUUUCAAAAGCACUUCUGAAGGCAAUUAUGGAUCAACAACUUGUAAUUGAUGAGGUUUAUAACCAUUUCAACAAAUGGCAGACAGUCAAUAGCUUAAUAAGUUUGAAUUUAGAUUCUGAAGAUGAUAUUACGAAAUUCUCAUUCGAUGAUUCUUUGAAUCAUUGGUAUGAUUCCAUUAGUAGAGUAUUGUCAUUGAGAUCAAUGUUUUACAAUAAUAAAGUCAUGUUCGGUAAUGUUUUGGUGGAUUUGACAAACAUUCAAACCCGAAUGUCUUUCAGAUUUGACAACUUCCAGAGAUCAAUAAUCAAAAAGUUUGCUGAUAUCUUCCAGAAAGCUAUCCAUGAUUUUGAUGAUGUUAUAAUAAAUGCAACUAAACUAUUGUCGUUCAACACAAUGGAUUCUGCCAAUUUUAUUCUCAAUUUGAGUAAAUUCAUUGAAACGAAGGAAGCAUUUGGUGGAAGCUGGAAACAGAACCACGAUUUAUUGGUAGAUAGUUCCAAAAUGCUCCAAAAAUUUGGUUUUGUAUUCCCCACGAAUUGGACUUUUGUAGAACAAAUUGAUAAUAAUCUUUCGGUAAUUGAAUCCAUCAUCAAUAAGAAACAAUCAAUAAUUGAAGAGAAUUUCGAAUUCAUUAAAUCAAGAAUCAUCGGUCAAACAAAUGAGUUAUCAGAGACUAUCCUUAGAUUCAAAGACGAUUGGUACAGUAAAAGGCCGAUAUCUGGAGAUGCUAAUCCAACGAUGAUUUUGAAUUCAUUGAAGAACUUUGAGUCAACAUGUAAUGGAUACAUUUCAACUAAAGAGAGUUUGAUGAUGAUAUCAGAGUAUUUCAAGAUUGAAAUCCCCGAUAUAGAGAUCCAGGUCCUUCUUGAUGUUCAAGAGGAGAUCAAAAACUUCCACCAAGUAUGGUCUUCAAUCAAUGCUUUGAAUGGCCAGAUUCAAUCCUUCAAGAAGUUGAAAUGGUCAGAGGUAAAACCGAGGGAUAUCAGAAUCAAGUUGGAAAACUUAUUGGAGGAAAGUAGGUCCUUACCCAUAAAGGUUCGUCAAUACGCUGCAUUUGACGAUAUUCAACAAAACGCUAAAGAUCUCAUGAAACAGAAUAAAUAUUUGAUAGACUUGAAGAAUGAGAACUUGAAAGACCGUCAUUGGAAGAAAUUAUUAUCGUCCAUUGGAUAUCAAGGUAAGUCAUUCCAGCUCUUCAAUUUGGGAGAUAUUUGGGAUCUCAAUUUACCUGCUCAUGAAGCUAUCAUCAAAAGCAUUAUCUCUCAAGCCAAUAAUGAACAUACACUUCAAGAAAAUAUAGGAAAAAUCAAGGGAAAAUGGCAGUCUUUGACAUUUGACAUGUUUAAUUUCAAUUCAAGAGUGAAAUUAAUCAAGUCCUGGGACUUUUUGUUCGAGACUUGUAGUCAAGAUUUGAAUGAAUUGGAAAGUAUGAGAAAUUCUGCCAGCUACCAUGCCUUUGAGCAAGAUGUAAACCAUUUGGAGUUCAAAUUGAAUUCAUUCUAUGUACUUUUGGAUAUAUGGAUUGAAGUUCAAAGACAAUGGGUUUAUCUUGAAGGAGUAUUUGAAGCUAGGAACAAUAUAGCCAAUAUCUUACCAUUAGAAUCAUCACGAUUCAACAAUUUUACUUACGAAUUCUUAGAUCUUAUGAAGAAAGUAAGUAAGAUAGAGUUGGCCAUAGACGUGUUACUCAUUGGUGACAUAGAGACGACUCUUGAACGAUUGUUGGAUAAUUUUUCCAAACUUCGUAGAUCACUAGCUGAGUUUUUGGAUAAACAACGAGAGCAAUUUGCUAGGUUCUACUUCAUUGGAAAUGAUGACUUAUUGGAACUCAUUGGUAGUGGGAAUGAUUUCAUUAAAAUAAAUUUCCAUAUCAACAAGCUAUUCUAUGGGGUCAGUAACGUCGGCUACGAUACUGACAGAUCAUCGAUAGUAUUCAUAGAAAGUAAUGAUGGGGAAAAAGUUCAUCUUGAGACACCUGUUUCGUUGAUUAAGUUCCCCAAUCUUCUCGAAUGGUUAAAACAAUUAGAUCUUGAGAUUAAGCUCACAUUAUCCAGUUUAAUUAAAACCAACAUCCAACCAAUAAGACAAUUCUACCAAUCACCUUCUAGGGAAAUUAUCCUCAAACUUAUGGAUGACCUUCCUUCUCAGGUAGUGUCAGUUUGUACUCAAAUUGUUUUCACAGAAUUCAGAACCGAUAGACAAUUGAAAGUGGAAGACAUUCAAGAAAUUAUUGUUUUGUUGGGAGAUAUCCCAUCCACCUCAGCUCUCGGAAGGAAAAAGGUAGAGAGCUUGAUGAUAGAAUUAAUUCACCAGAAGGAUGUCUUUGAACAAUUCGGGACUGCCAAUGCUGAGAGAGUUUUAGCCACUGAACUUUGUUACAAAUACGAUAUGAAUUCCUCCGACCCCCUCAAAGCUUUGAAAGUCCAACAAUUAGAAUAUGUUUUUGAUUACGGAUUCGAGUAUUUAGGAAUUCCUGCAAAAUUGGUAUACACACCUUUGAUAAGUAAAUGUUUUGCAGCCAUGACCCAAGCUUUGGGCCAGAAACUUGGAGGUUCGCCCUUUGGUCCUGCUGGUACGGGAAAAACCGAAACUAUCAAAGCUUUGGGUGGGUAUUUGGGUAGAAUGGUAACAGUAUUCUGCUGUGAUGAAACUUUCGAUUAUCAAUCGAUGUCAAGAAUUUUUCUUGGGAUCUGUAAAUUAGGAUGUUGGGGAUGUUUUGACGAGUUUAACAGAUUAGAUGAGAAGCUUCUUUCAGCUGUGUCCUCACAAAUUGAAAGUAUUGAGUACGGAUUGAAACAUUCUACAUCUAUUAUCGAGGUCUCUGGUCAACACAUAAAUGUUAAUUCGGACGCUGGAAUCUUUAUUACUAUGAAUCCAGGUUAUGUGGGAAGAAAUCAAUUACCUGAGAAUUUGAAGAAACUUUUUAGAAGCUUCUCUAUGGAAAGACCCGAUAAAGAUAUCAUCGUUGAUGUUAUCUUAGCUUCCCAAGGUUUCAAAAACUCCAGAAGUUUGGCACAGGUGAUAGUGCCCUUCUUCCAAGAGCUUGAAGACAAAACAUCCAACCAAAGCCAUUAUGACUUUGGUCUUAGAGCUCUUAAAAGUAUGCUUAACAAUUGUGGGAAAUUGAAACGGUCCGUUGAUAAUGUGGAAGAGGUUCUGAUUAUUGUCCAAAGUAUUGAUGAGACCACACUUCCUAAACUCAUAAAGGAAGAUGAGAUUGUGUUCAAUGAGCUCAGAAACAAAUUCUUCUACGAUGUGGAGGCCAUCAACUUUGACGAUGAGGAGUUGAUGAGUCUUCUCAAAGUCCAUUGUGAGAAUAAUGGGUUGGCCUUUACUCCUGCUUUCAAGAAAAAGGUUCUCCAAUUGAAUAAAUUACAAACGAAUCACCAUGGGAUCAUGUUGGUGGGUGAGUCUGGCUCAGGGAAAACAACUUGCUGGAAGCUGCUAUUGAAAGUUCUUGAAGCAAAGACUCAAGUUGAACAUGUGAACUAUGUUAUCGAUGCUAAAGUUAUGAAAAAGGAAUCCUUGUAUGGGUCUUUUGAUCCUGUAACAAGAGAAUGGAAGGAUGGGUUAUUGACUGACAUUCUCCGUAGAAUCAAUGGUAACUUAAGAGGGGAAAUGAACAAAGUCUCAUGGAUAGUAUUUGACGGAGACAUUGAUCCUGAAUGGGCAGAGAAUUUAAAUUCUGUUUUGGAUGAUAACAAGAUCUUAACUUCGCCGAAUGGGGAGAGAAUUGAAGUUCACAACAACGUGAAGAUAAUCUUCGAAACUGACAAUUUGAAAACCACCACUCCCGCUACCAUCAGUAGAUGUGGUAUGGUAUGGUUUGAAAAAGACAUUUUGGAUGACUACUCUGUGUUCGAAUCGUUGUUGUUCGGUAUGGAGCUUGUUCCUGUUAUUGAAGAUAGUGAUAGUGAUGUGGAGAUUCUCCAGAUACAAAAAUCUUUCGUUGGAUUUGUAAAAGAAUUUAUCAACCCAGAGACUUUGGAACAUAUCAUCAACGAAACCUUGAAAAUCGAACAUAUCAUGGACUUCAAUAUUCACAGGUACCUCAACUCCUUCAAUGAUUUCUUAAGAUCUUAUUGUCGUAAGUAUUUACACUAUCAAAUCGAAAGUGAUAAAAAGACUAUGUUGACCGAUAAAUUUGUUGGAGUAUCAGUGUUGUUAUCAUUAAUAUGGUCCUUUUCCGGUGAUAGUCCUCUUGACCAAAGAGAAUUGUUUGCUACCGUUAUAUCGAACCAUCAGUGUUUCAAAAACUUGAAUAUUCCUAGUGUGAAUCUUAUCGACUAUGACAUAGAUAUUGAGACUGGGGAAUGGAUCAGUUGGUCGAAUAAGGUGAAAUUUACUGACUUAGAACCUCACAAGGUGGCUGAACCCAACACUGUGGUGAGUACCACCGAUACUGUUAGACAUGAAAGCUUGAUCCGUUCAGUUUUGAAUGAGCAUAAAACGUUGUUACUUUGUGGACCUCCAGGAUCUGGUAAAACCAUGACUUUCUUGGAAGUGUUGAAGGCUUCACCUAAACUUGAUGUUUUGCAAUUGAAUUUUUCCAAAGAUUCUUCACCAAAAUCUUUGAUGAACUCCUUAACCCAAUACUGUGAAUAUCAAAAAUCUUCCAAUGGUACUAUAUUCACACCAAAGGUUUCAGGCAAAUGGGUAGUGGUAUUUUGUGAUGAAAUCAAUUUACCCGGUGUGGAUAAGUACGGCAGUCAAAAGGUUAUAUCUUUGAUGAGACAGAUGAUUGAAUGGAAGGGAUUUUGGCAUGAUAAGGAUAUGCAAUGGGUAACCAUGAAGAACAUUCAAUUUGUAGGAGCAUGUAAUUCACCUAAAGAUCCUGGUCGUCAGAAAUUAUCCGACAGGUUCUUGAGACAUGUGACGCUAUUAAUGGUAGAUUACCCUGGGAGAUCUUCACUAGAACAGAUUUAUGGAUCAUUUAACUCAGCAGUGAUGAAAUGUGCCCCUGAUUUGAAGGGCUACACCAAUUCUGUUACCAAGGCAAUGAUCGAUAUCUAUUGUCGAACAAAAGAUCAUUUAACACCUCAAUCCUAUGCCCAUUAUAUCUAUUCUCCUAGAGAAUUGACCAGAUGGACAAGAGGUUUGUUAGAAGCCAUAAAAGUGACCACAUAUACUGAAUUAGGAAAAUUUCUCAGGUUAUGGUAUCACGAAGGAUUGAGAUUAUUCCACGACAGGCUUGUUACUGACGAUGAUAGGAAAUGGACAAAAGAUCUUUUCAAGGAAGUUAUCAGUGAAACUUUCCCAUUCUCCGAACUAGAAGACAUAAUGAAGGAACCAGUAAUGUUUUCCGAUUGGCUCUCACAAAGUUAUGAAGCUAUUGAACGUCCAGAACUUUACAGGUUCAUCAAUCAAAGACUUGCUACUUUUAGUGAAGAAGAGAUUGAUGUUGAAUUAGUGCUUCAUGAAUCUUUCUUGACUCAUGCCUUGAGAAUAGAUAGGGUUUUGAGACAACCACAGGGACAUAUGAUCCUUGUAGGAGCUUCUACCAGUGGUAAAACUACACUCACCAAAUUUGUAUCCUGGAUGAAUGGUUUAAAGACGGUGCAGUUAGAUGUCCACAGUAAAUUCGAUAUCCAUGAGUUUGAUAAGUGUUUGAGAGACAUUUUAAUAAGAUGUGCCAAAGGGGAGUCCAUUUGUUACAUUAUUGAUGAGUCCAGUAUAAUUGAAACAUCGUUCAUUGAACGAAUGAAUACCUUAUUGGCCAAUUCUGAAGUUCCAGGAUUAUUCGAAGGUGACGAUUUCAAAAGUCUUAUGAAUAUCUGCCUAGAAGAAUCUCAAAACCAAGGUCUUUUACUCGAUUCAAAUGAUGAGUUAUAUAAAUGGUUCACUCAACAAAUUUCCACCAAUUUACAUGUGGUGUUUACCAUCACCGAGUUGAAGGAUUCUAAUCGUAUCCAAGUGAUAUCUUCACCCGCCUUGUUCAAUAGGUGUGUAUUAAGUUAUAUGGGAGACUGGUCUCCAGAGACAUUAUUCGAAGUUGGAUCUAAAAAGAUUGAGGAAUUACCUGUUGAUGCAAACAAUUAUGAGAUUCCUGCAAAUUAUGAGUCUUUUAGGAGAUUAAGUAGUUUCAGAGACAUUUUGGUGGACUGUGUGAUAUUCAUCCACAGAUCUAUUGAAAAAACAGGAAAUUAUCCUGGAAAAUUCCUUCAGUUGAUCGAUGAGUUCAUUUCAAGAUUCAACACUCACCAAUCUGAAAUGGAAGAAGUCCAAAGACAUACUACCAAUGGGUUGAAUAAAUUGAGAGAAACGGUUCUUCAAGUGGCUCGAUUGAAAGAGGAAUUAUCCCAUAAGAAGAAAGAACUCACGAAGAAAGAUUUGGAAGCAGGAGAAAUGCUUAAUGUUAUGCUUUCAGAACAAAAUGAAGCUGAAAGAAAACAAGAGUUUUCCAUAACAGCUCAAGAGGAAUUGAAUAAACAAGAAAUCGAAAUCGAAGAACGGAAAAAGCAUGUAAUGAAGGAUCUUGCUGAGAUCGAGCCAACGAUUUUAGAGGCUAAGAAAGGAGUACAGAAUAUCAAAAAACAACAUCUCACAGAGAUCAGAAGUAUGACCAAUCCUCCUGCUGGGGUUAAAAUGACCAUGGAAUCAGUAUGUAUAUUGGUUGGCUAUCAAGUUUCUUCCUGGAAAGAUGUUCAACUUGCUAUCAGAAGGGACGAUUUUAUUCCUAGUAUUGUUAAUUACAAUAAUGAAGAACAAUUGACUCCUGCGAUCAGAAAUUAUAUGGAAGAAACGUAUCUUUCAAGACCAGAUUAUAAUUUCGAAGCCGUCAACAGAGCUAGUAAAUCAUGUGGACCUCUUUUAACUUGGACAAAAGCCCAAUUAACCUAUUCUUCAGUAUUACAAAGUAUAGGGCCAUUAAGAGAAGAGGUUAAGAUAUUGGAGAACGGAGCUAGGAAGACAAGAGCUCAAUUGAAUGCUUUGAAACAAAUGGUAGAAGAUUUGAAUGCCAGUAUUUCCAAAUACAAGAAAGAUUAUAGUUCUUUGAUCAGAGAAACCGAAAGCAUAAAGAUGGAAAUGGAGUCAGUUGAGGCCAAGGUUGAAAAAAGUAUGAAAUUGAUGAAUAAUUUGACGUUGGAGAAGGAUAGAUGGAAGCAGACAACGAUGAAGUUUGCUGAAACCAACGAAAGAAUUAUUGGUAAUUCACUUUUGGGGUCAGCUUUCAUGGUUUAUUGUGGAGAGUUUGACCAAAGAGAUAGGGAGUCAUUAUUAAAUCAGUGGAAGGGCCAAUUAGACAAAUGUUCAAUCAAGUAUGAUAAUGCUCUCUCAGUGGUGAAUUUAUUGCCUUCCGAAUUAGGAAAUUCAACUGAAUCAAGCGAAUUUGUGGGCGAGGACUUGGAUGAAUUGGUGGUGGAAAAUAAAAUCAUCAUUGGAACUUCCAAGAUACCUUUAAUAAUUGAUCCUUCCUUACAAAUGAUUUCUCUGACUGAUACAUUCAUCAAAACAAAGAAAUUGGUAGUAACUAGUUUUUUGAACGAAUCUUUCAUCAAAGAUUUGGAAAAUGCUAUAAGAUUCGGAGGGUCUAUCUUGAUCAAGGAUAGCGAGUACUAUAAUCCUAUAAUGGAUUCAAUCUUGAGACAUGAGAUCCAAAAGAAUGGUGGUAGACUUUUGAUAAAGGUCGGUGAUCAUAUGAUUGAUUUUGAUCCUCAUUUCGAAUUAUAUCUCCAUACAGCAGACUCAGCUAUUAAAUUGUCACCAUUCAUCAAGUCCAGAGUUUCGGUAGUGAAUUUCUCCGUAAGUGUCAGAAAUCUUGAGAACCAAGUUCUUAACUUGGCAUUAAGAGUUACGAAACCUGACAUCGAAACACGUAGGAGUAAUCUUAUAAAGUUGAAGUCUGAAUAUAAGGGAAGGUUGAAAACUUUAGAAUUGAAACUUCUUGAUUCUAUCAGUGAGACCACUGGAAGUAUUUUGGAUGAUAACAGGGUGAUAGAGUAUCUCGAUCAAUUGAAGGAAGAGUCGCAUACCAUCGAUGAACAAAUGAAAGAAUCAGAUAUCAUUCUUGAAACUAUAGAACAAGUUAGAAACGGAUAUAAUGAAGCAGCUACCCAUUCAUCACUGAUAUUUGAGAUCUUGAAAGCUUUUAGUAAGUUCAGCACUUUCUAUAGGUUUUCUUAUAACGACUUCACUGAUAUCUUUGCGAAUACUUUGAAGAUUUCCGAUACUUCUGAUGUUAAUAAGCUUAUAAUGGACUUAUACAAAGAAGUAUAUGCAGUGAUUUCACCGUCAUUAAUGGGAACCCAUAAAGUUGUUUUAGGAGUAUUAUUGGCGUGUCUGUAUUAUAAACAAGACAUUGGAGAUCAUUUCAAACAAUUCUUUGAAGGUAUUAUUUCUAUCAUUGUGAAUGAACGGUAUACUGACUUGGGGCCAAACUUCGAUAAAAUCUUUAUUCAAGAUGUCAGUUUAGAGAAUUUGGAACUGAAAGUUCAUGAAAACAUACAAGAUCAAGUUAUCUCGAAAAUUUCAGCCUUGGUUUUGUCUUUGAGAGCCGGAACAUUGAAUGCUUUAGAAUUUUCAAAUGGCUUGAAGGAAUUCUGCUCACUCCUCUUCUCAGGAACCGGUGCUUAUAGUUCUAAAUAUUCUAUUGGGGAUUUUGUGUCUCAUAAGGUAACCAAAGGUAAAACCUUCAUUCUAGCGUCCAAGCAAGGGUUCGAUGCCACUUUCAAAAUAGAACAAUUGGCUAGAGCUCAAAAUCAAAGACUUCAAAUCAUUUCUUUAGGUUCGAAAGAAGGUACAGAGUUAGUCAAGAAAGAAAUACAAUCGAUUUCAGGUAGGGGUGAUUGGUUAUUGAUCCAAAAUAUUCAAAUGUCACCAGAAUGGUUGAACCAUCUUGAAAAAAUCAUCAAUGAAUUGACUGGUGAUUCCAACUUUAGAUUGUUCUUAACCACCAAUCUUAAUUGUUCAAUUCCUACAACCUUGAUUGAGAAUUCUCAGGUGUUGGUAUUUGAAAAUGAACCAACUUUAAAGAGCAUAAUGUUGGAAACUUUUAAAUUCUACGAUGAAUCAAUAUUGACCCAGAAAACACCUGAAUUUAGAUAUAUCUAUUUCUUACUAUGUUGGUAUCAUAGUUUGAUCUUAGCUCGAUUAAGAUACGUUCCUGUUUCAUUCACGAAGAUCCACGAUAUCAAUGAAUCAGAUUUCCAAGCUUGCUUGAUGGCCAUCGACAGUAUGGUACACCAGGGAGGUAAAACCAAUAUCUCACCUGAAGAUAUUCCUUGGGAUAAAAUUAGCUUGGUAGUAGGAGAGUUAUGUUAUGGAGGAAAAAUCGACAAUAGUGAAGAUUUGAAAUAUUUCAUUGAUUUGAGUAGUCGAUUAUUCUGUCUCCAAUCAUUCUCACCUGACUUCAACCUUAUAAAGAACCCUUUCACUAAUAAUAAUAAAGCAUUACUCAAACCAGAUGGUAUUUCCAUCAACACGUAUUAUCAAUGGAUCCAUGAUUUGCCCAACGACAUUCCUUUCUCCUGGAUUGAACUUGAUAAUAACACCCAAGAUACGGUGAUUUUAAACGAACAACUAAUGAUCUGUAAAGACAUCUUAUGUAAUAUAGUAAUAUAG